AUAAUGCAGCAUGGAGGAAAGAAUGUAACAAAAUGACGGUGUUCUAGCGACGCACCCUGUGUCUAACACAAAAUAGACGUAGCAAACAAAGUCGAUGGUACAUUAAAAAGUGAUGCACCAUGCCCAUAGUGGAUAAACUCAAAGAGGCCCUGAAGCCGGGCCGCAAGGACUCUGCGGACGAGGGCGACCUCAACAAGCUGCUGGCCUCCUCCGCCAAGAAGGUCCUCCUGCAGAAGAUCGAGUUUGAGCCUGCCAGCAAGGGUUUCAGCUACCAACUCGAGGCCCUCAAGAGCAAAUACGUCAUCCUGAACCCACGCAGUGACACUGCCACGCCACAGAGGGCGUCAGAGAGCGGCCAGAUCAAGCGGCAGGGUGGUGAUAUUGGCGUGGGUGGACAAGGCGAUGGCAUUCCGGCCCCCCAGAAACAUCUGUUCCCAGGGAACCGUCUCUCUCUGCGCUGGGAGCGGGUGUAUCGUGUAGGGGCAGGGCUUCAUAACCUAGGCAACACAUGCUUCCUGAACUCCACGGUGCAGUGUCUGACGUACACGCCUCCACUCGCCAACUACCUACUCUCCAAGGAGCACAGCCGAUCAUGUCACCAGUCAGGCUUCUGUAUGAUCUGUAUCAUGCAGAAUCAUCUCAUCCAGGCCUUUGCUAACACGGGCAAUGCCAUUAAACCCGUCUCCUUCAUCAGGGACCUCAAGAAGAUCGCCCGUCAUUUUCGCUUUGGGAGUCAGGAAGAUGCCCAUGAAUUCCUGCGCUACACAAUUGACGCCAUGCAGAAGGCGUGCCUCAACGGCUACCCAAAGUUGGAUAGGCAGACGCAAGCCACCACACUCGUCCAUCAGAUCUUUGGAGGUUACCUCAGGUCGCGAGUGAAAUGUUCGAUUUGCAAAAGUGUGUCGGACACUUACGACCCAUACCUUGAUAUCGCCGUGGAGAUCCGACAAGCGGUGAACAUUGUGCGAGCUCUGGAGCUAUUUGUGAAGCCAGAUGUUUUAAGCGGGGAGAACGCCUACAUGUGUGCCAAGUGUAAGAAGAAGGUUCCAGCAACAAAGCGCUUCACUAUCCACCGGACAUCCAAUGUCCUGACGCUGUCACUCAAGAGGUUUGCCAACUUCAGCGGAGGGAAAAUCACCAAGGAUGUUGGUUACCCAGAGUUCCUGAACAUCCGGCCGUAUAUGUCCCAAAGCACAGGGGACCCAGUAAUGUAUGGCCUCUAUGCUGUCCUAGUGCAUUCUGGGUACAGCUGCCAUGCUGGCCAUUAUUACUGCUAUGUGAAGGCAAGUAAUGGGCAGUGGUAUCAGAUGAACGACUCAAUGGUUCAUUCCAGCAACAUCAAGGUGGUCCUGAACCAACAAGCCUAUGUGCUCUUCUAUCUGAGGAUUCCAGAGAGCAAGAAGAAUGCUGAUGGCCCCAAGCAAAGCAUAGGGCAGUCUGGGAAGAGCGGCAUCACUUCCGAUCUGAAAAAGAAUCUUAACGGCCCACUCUCUUCACCGCAGAUCUCCAAGAAGCUGGAUGCUGCUCAGCUGAGGAAGAUCCAGUCUGUGGAUAGCGGCCUUGGUGUGAGCGUGGCCAGGAGCACCUGCAACCUCCAUUCGCCUAAACUGACCAACGGCUCGUCCUCCAAUAACACCUCUGCGUCGCAAGCCCCGGCCAGGGGACCCACCGUCAUCGAGGAGCCCUUCAAGAAGCUGAAGAAGCCACUCCCUCAGCCACGGCCUGCCGGUCAGACCACCAAUGGCGUGUCCAAAGGCGAGAGCGAGAGGCGGGCCGACCGAAGCCUGGCCCAGUCUACCUCACUCAAGUCCCUCUCUGACUCAGACACCUCUGAAUCUAAGGACUCAGUUGGCACGCGCAGCGCCCCUCUUGGGGGAGUGGCGGCUCAGAACGGCACGGCGUCUCCGUCCCCCUCCAAGAGCGCUGACCGUCUGAAGCCCCCUGCCCUCAGCAGUCUGGCCUCACUUCACAACACCAUGAGUCCGCCGCCCGCCAAGCGCCUCGCCCUCUCCGCCAAGAAGGAAACCAAUCACAGCCGGAGUCUGAGCACUGAGUCCCUGCCCUCGCCAUCAUCUCAUCUCUCCUUUGACUCCGCCCAUCCCGCUAAGUUCACUCAACUUCAUGCACACACGUCUGGCCACAGCAACCAACAGCACAGAUUUUCUCCCUCGUACUCACCUCUGAAGUCCUCACCGUUCUCCCCAAAGACCCCCACACACAGCCCAUCUCCGAAACCCUCUCAGUCUGCUGCACACGCUCAGAGCCCCGCCAAGCUGCUGUCGCCGCCGCCGCCGUCAUCUGCCCCGCCCGCCAGCCCGCUCCUCAAGAAGAAAAAGAAGAAAAAGCUCAAGCGCCGCCACUCGGAGACGAGCGAGCCAAUCACGGAGCCGGCCCAAACGCCCGAACCAAUCGACGCGCGGGCCCCGGAGACGCAGGAGAGCCCAUUGGUCGAGAAGAAGCGCAAGAAGAAGAAGGCCAAGAGGAAGAGGCUGGAGGAGCAAAAUGGAGAGGCGCAGCAGCGAGGGCCGAAUUCAGAGCCCCGUCCUCAGCUAGCUCAGGAGGAGGACUGGAGGCUGGGAGACAGCUGGAGCCUCUCGCCAGCGACUCACCCACACCCACACACACCCCCAGCCCACACGCCACAGUCACACGCCGCACAGGCUCAGCACACACACACACACACACACACACCUGACACACACGCACACACUUCAGAGCAGUCGGAGAAGCAGAGGAAGAAAAAAAAGAAGAAGAAGAAGAAGAAAUUGCUGGAUGGAACACAGGAGGAGGCAAACUGCCACACGCCAUCCACCUUGGCCUCUGACCCCCAAAGUGUCCAGACGAAUGCUGUUGGUGUGGAAUCAGAAACUGUAGACUUCGUUGAGUUGAAGAAAAAACGCAAGAAGAGGAAACGGAAGCUUGAGGAGGAUAACCAAAGGGAGGAAAGGAGUUCGCCAAAGGAGGUGGGGAGAGCCCUGGACUCGGAUGACAGCGUUCUCCCCAGACAAGCCGAGAAGACGACCAACCCUCCUGCCGCAGCUGCUCCUGUGGUGGUGUGGGACAGUAAGGUCCAGGACGGCUACAAGCGCAAGCAGGCGCCCGCCGUGACUGAAGAGGAGUCUGCCGCUGGCCCCAAAGGCAGCUGGGACGGCCAACGGACUGGAGGGGUGGUGGAGGAGCUCCUGAAGAACUCCAGUGACACGGCCUACGGAGCACCAGUCCUUAGUUGGGGUGGAGAAGUCUCUGCAAUCAGUAAAGAUGCCAUUGAAGAUGCCCAGUUUGCCAAGAAUUCCACAGUGAUCGAUGAGUGGGAUGAGGAGUUUGACAGUGGGAAGGUGAAGAAAAUCAAAAAGUACAAAAAGGAGAAGAGGAAACACGGGAACGUGUUCCAGAAAAUCCAGGACCAUCGGAGCAUGUGGUCAGUCACGCCCGGAGGGAAAAGGAGCAGACUGGGGUUCCGCCACUGAAGAGAGAAGCUUAGCCCAGAGGAAUCUGUCUCUGCCGUGAUGUCAGUCCUGUGGAAGGGAGCGUACGGAGAAAUCUGGAUUGGACUCUCCAAGACCUUUAUGGUACUGACCGCUGCAGGAGUGACCACUGAGAUGGGACGUGUUCUCUCUUCUCCCUAUUUAACUUUAAAAAGUGACCAUACCAAAUCUGGCUGAACAAUUUUAAAAGACAAGAGUUUGUUUGA